CACGCUUACUUUUUCGGAGGGCGGAUAAAAGCCAGUAAAAUACCCGCCGGAGGAUGAGAAGAAGAAGAAGAAGAAGAAGAAAGAGAGCAGCGGUGGAAAAACAUCUGGAAGAAGAAAAGAUGAAUCUGAGCGUGAACACCGCCGUGGAAUCGGUGUUGUCUCAAAUCCAAAGCUUAUCAAACGGUUCCCCAGACAACAUCUCUCAGCUUCACGCCUUCCUGAAACAGUCCGAUGAGCUCCUCCACUCCGAGUCGACUCGCUUGCUUCCCCUGCUCGCCCAACUCAACCCUUCUCUCCACUCUUUGGGCUAUCUCUAUCUCCUGGAUGCAUCCAUGUCUGCCCCCAUUCCGACGGAGCAGGCCCGUGGACUAGUUGUGUGUGUCGCCACAUUUAUUUGUGAAUGUGCUGCAGAUCAAAUCCAUUUGGCACCUGAGAAAUUCAUAUCUGUCUGUAAAAGAUUCAAGGAGCAAGUUCUGAUACUAAGAGCUCCUCUACAAGGUGUGUGUCCCAUGCUGACAGCCAUUCAGAAACUACGGCUCUCUUCUGAGCAACUAACACCCUUGCAUCCCGAAUUUCUUCUUCUGUGCUUACUGGCAAAGUGCUAUCAGACUGGUUUUUCUUUUUUGGACGAUGACAUCUUUGAGGUCGAUCAGCCGAAGGACUUUUUCCUCUAUUGCUACUAUGGGGGCAUGAUUUGCAUUGGACAGAAGGAAUUUCGUAAAGCCUUGGAGCUUUUUCAUAAUGUAGUAACAGCACCAAUGUCCACUUUAAAUGCAAUAGCAGUUGAGGCAUACAAGAAGUACAUACUAGUUUCACUAGUUCAGAAUGGACAGUUCUCUACCAGCUUCCCAAAAUAUACAUCUUCUGUAGCUCAAAGGAAUCUUAAGAACCACUCUCAGCCCUACCUGGAGUUGGCAAACAGUUAUAGCCUUGGGAAAAUCUCUGAGCUUGAGAUAUGUGUACAGACAAACAAAGACAAGUAUGAAAAUGAUAAUAAUCUCGGAUUGGUGCAACAAGUGGUGGCAUCUAUUCAUAAACGCAAUAUUCAGAGAUUGACUCAAACGUAUCUCACCCUUUCACUUCAAGAUAUUGCUAAUGCUGUCCAGCUAAGGAAUCCCAAGGAGGCAGAAAUGCAUGUCCUACAAAUGAUUGAAGACGGUGAAAUUUAUGCUACUAUAAAUCAGAAAGAUGGAAUGGUUAGAUUUCUUGAGGAUCCUGAGCAAUAUAAGACCUGUGAAAUGAUUGAGCACAUAGAUUCAUCGAUACAGAGGAUGAUGACGCUGUCAAAAAAGCUAACAUCUAUGGAUGAACAUAUGUCAUGCGACCUUUCCUACCUUGCCAAGGUUGGUAGAGAUAGACAGAGAUUCGAUUUUGAUGAUAUGGAUGGGGUUCCUCACAAGUUCAACAUAUGAAAAAACCAAAGCCAGGGUCAGUUGGUUAAGCUUGAAGCAGGAAUAGUCACUGCAAGUCUGUCUGUCUUAUCACCUACCUACUUGGCAUAUAAUCGCAUUGAACAUACAUCUCUUGAGACUAAAAUGUCAAAAGUGUCUUCCUCUUUCAUUUUGCACUUUGCAUCGGAUUCAUGUGCAAGUAACAGAUCACAUCUUAGAACACAUGUAGCACUUCCCUAUUACCUUAAUGUGCUCCCUGCUAUCUAUCAAAAUGGAGAAAAAAGGUACCGUUGUUUCUCAACAAACUAUCUAUCUUUUCUUUUUUUGAGUUAAUGUAGUAGUAUAACACUAGAUUUUAUUAGAAGAAGUGAGUUCUAUUGUUUUAAUAUGCGUGAAACGUUGGAUCUGUGGAAUGGGACUUGUCU